AUGUGUACAUUAAGAGGAAUAUGGAUAUUAAAAGAACAUAAUAAUGGGAUAGAUGUAGUAUUUUCAAAGAGGAUUAAUACGGUAGAGGUGAGGGUUAGAUUGAUAGCAGGAUCAAACUAUAUACCUAUACCAAAUGACAAUGAAUUGUUACGUCAAUUCUCAUUAGAGAUAUUGUAUCCUCAAAAGUUAUCAAAAGAAGUUAAUCCAAUCUCUCAACAUCAACAACAUCAAUCAUCAUUUAAUCAUCAUUCUUUUCAAUCACAACAGUCAUCACCAUCAAUCAUUCAACAACAAGUAUCAGCAUUGAAAUCAUAUCAAGCUACACCCAAUACACAUAUAGUAUCAUUGUUUCAAGAUAGAUUGUGGCCCAUCAUCUAUCUAAAAAAGAAAAAUUAUUACUUUCUUACUAUUCCCGUCAUUGAAGAAUAUUUAUUAUCAUCAAAUCAUAAACCUUCUUUAAUUGAAUUACCAUCAAUAACAUCGUCAAUAACAUUUUUAGAAGAUGUUUCAUUUUAUACGGCAGCAUUUUUAAUUAAACCUCCACCGUACCCAGAAUUACAAGUUUAUAUGAGUAAUAUAAUACCUUUUGGUCAACCUGUUGAUUCAAACUUUAACAAUGUCAAAUUGAUGAUAAAGACUGGUUUUCCAACGACCGAAGUGUUUAGUUCAAAAAGACCUGCAUGGAAACCAUUCCUACACAAGGGUAAACAACAAGUAGACUUUAUCAUUGUUGAAAAUGUUCAAGGUAUUCAAUAUGAUAAUCCAGAUAUACCAGAUGUUAUAAAGGUAUUUGGUAGUGUAUAUUGUAGAGCCGACUUGGAAGGUAUGCCAGAAGUAUCUGCUUAUUUUAAUUUUCCUUCAAAUAAUAAUAAUAAUAAUAAUAAUAAUGAACAAACAAUAUUACAACAACCAAAUCAACCUCUACCUCUACCUCAUCCUCUACCUUUUUCAUUUCCAACAAUAACACACAUGUCAAUUGAUCCAACUGUACAAACAACAUCAGAUGUAUUGGUAACAAACAAAAUUACAUUUACACCACCAUUGGAUAUAUUUAAAGUGUUGGGAUAUGGUGUGUCGGAUUGUAAGGUAUUUCCUCUAAGAGGAUUCUAUCAAAUGAAAGAGAUUGGUCCAAAUAUUGUAAAGGUUUUGGUUCAGCUGAAAUUGGCUGCCGAUAUGACCAACAGUUUUGAAUAUUGUCUAUUGAAAAUGCCAUUCAAGAAUAGAGGUAAUAUUCUCAAUAUUCAUGCAUCACCAACAAAUGGCACCGUUCACAUUGAACCAAACCUCAAAUCAUUGGUUUGGAAUAUUGGUCAAAAGUUUUCAGGUAGAAACCUAGAGGUUGCUCUACCAGCAGAAAUCACCUUUGUUCAAAUGCAACCUGGUCAACAACCAAUUGCCCCUACCCUCUCUGUCACUGGUUCAAGUGGUAACAACACAAUGACUGGUUUUCCAAGUCAAUCUUUUGCUUCAAUGACUGAAUCUAUUGAUGAAGAUGAUCGUGAUCCUUUUUGUCAAGGAACAAAUACUUUUGUUAGAUUAUUCUUUAAACUUCAACAUUGUACAUUAAGUGGAUUUGGUAUUGAUCCAAAAAGAGUAACUGUUUAUCCAACUUCAAAAUCAAAGGUCAACGUAGAUAGAGAGAUUAUUAGUUCAGAUUAUGUUAUUUGGAAUUCUUUAGGUUCUGCUAAACAUUCUUAUCAUCCUGAAAAUCAAAUUGAUAAUAAUGAAAAGUAA